AUGAGAAUAAAACUACCAAAUGUAGCACAGGCUUGUGACAGGAUAGGUGUUUCUGAUAGGGGAGCAGCAAUUAUUUUUAGUACAGCAUUAAAAUAUAUGAGAAUAGUUACUCCUGAGGAUUCAUCAAAAAUUGUCGAUCGCAGCAAAAUUCGAAGGGAACGAAUAACUAGUCAUGAAGGAAUUUCAUCCAAGAAAACAAAGGUUGAGGAGCAUAUAGUCCUAGUUUCAGGACCAGGUCAUUUAACUCCUGCAUCUGACAAAUCGCAAAGUUAUUGUAAAGUGGAUUUUAAUUCUUUCCGCUUGUAUACGGAGUACGCCGCUUUUACCGACGUCACCUUUCAGGUGAAUGGGGGACCCACGGUGGAGGCAAAAUGUGGAGAAGGGAGGCGGCAGAACAGCGGUCGAUAG